AGGAAAAACCAGAAAAAAACAUACACCCAAGGGAAGGAAAGGGGUGGAAGCCACGAACCAAACCCUCUCAACAGUCUCGUCUUCCCUCCUGCUUCGUGCUUCCCCUUCCACUUCCCCCCCUUGUCGUCUGCGCCAAGCUCGAGCUCGUCGCCACCGAGGUUGGUUCGAUCUUGGGUUUUGGCCUAUCCGCGAGGAAGGUGAAUUAGUUGGGGACUUCGUGAUGGCUGCUGCGAAGGCGGGUGUAGACUUGGAAACGAGGGACGGCGGAAGCGGCGGCGGCGGCGGCGGCUCCUUCAGCGAGGAGAGGCUUGUUGAUAAGCUCAACAAGCUCAACAACACAGCGGCAAGCAUUCAGACACUUUCGCAAUGGUGCAUUUUUCACCGCAAGAGGGCCAGAAGGGUUGUAGACACAUGGGAAAAGCAGUUCAGUAGUGCAACAGAGGAUAAGAAAAUAUCAUUCCUAUUUCUAUCAAAUGAUAUCUUGCAAAACAGUAAGCGCAAGGGAGGAGAUUAUGUGCAUGAGUUCUGGAGGGUUUUACCCAGAUCGUUGAAACAUGUCUACAAAAAUGGGGGAGAAGAAGGAAUGAAACUGGUGGCGAGACUAAUAGGAAUUUGGGAUGAACGCAAAGUUUUUGGAACUCGUAUUGAAAGUUUGAAAGACAACAUUUUUGGUGACAACCCUCCUAUAUUCAAUAACAAUGGGAAUAAGAAUAAUUCAAAUCCUAGCUCUAAGCCCUUAAAUUCCAAAGUUGCAAGGAAGGAUUCCAGUACAGUACUAAAAAAACUGACUGUUGGUGGUAUGCCUGAAAAGAUUGUGACUGCAUACCAAGCUGUGCUUGAUCAACAUUUUGAUGAAGACACAGCUUUGAACAAAUGUAAGAGUACUGUUAGUGUUCUAGAAAAGAUAAAGAAAAAUAUAGACGAUGCUAGUACCAAAGGUGAUCAGCCUGCCUCAACAAUGAUUUCCGAUCUUCAAGAACAGGAAACUAUCCUGAAGCAGUGCAUUUCUCAACUUGAAAGUGUAGAUGUUGCAAGGAUAUCACUGCUAAAUCAAUUAAAAGAAGCUCUCAUUGAACAGGAGUCAAAGUCAGAAAUUCUUCGCAUCCAGUUGCAAGUUGCUCGAGCAGAGGCUGAACAUGCCAUUCAACUUAGGCAACGAUUUGGUGGUGCCGUUGUCGCAAAUGGCACAGGAUCUAGUUCUAGUCUGCUAAUGAUUACCCCAACAGAACAAACAGCUGGUAUGAUAAAGGGUUCUGGAGUAAGGCUAAUGUCUCCCCAGUUACAGUCACUGAAUCCAGCAAUCUCACUUGCCCCUACGGUCAGUGCAGUGGGAGAUGAGCCCAAGAGAACAGCAGCAGCAAUGGCAGAUAAGCUGGCAUCUUUGUCGGCACCUGUGCAGGUUCUGAGCUCCAUUUUCUCAUCUUUUGUUGCUGAACAUGGCGCUUCACUAUCUUCCAUGAAUAGUGAAUCGCCUUCUGGGGAACUCUCUGGAGGACCACCGGGCUUCAAGAUUGAAAAGAGGCCUAGGCUUGAGAAUACCGCACAUGGCAGUGACAUGGGUGCACCUCCCUUUCCUGUGCAAGUGCCACAGAUGCAACAACAGAUUGGAGCAGUGCCCACGCAACUACCAGCGCAGAUCAACCAAGCACCAGGUCCAUUUGCACCACCUCCACCGCCAUUUUUGCCACCACUUCUGCAACAAUUUGGUCAAAGUACUGGAGGAAUGAUGGGAAUGGGACCUUUUGGGAUGAUGGCCGGCUCUAUGCCACCUCCGCCUCCAGUGUCCAACAUUAUGCCGACAGGUUUUCCAGGACCAAGUGGUCCACCACCUCCACCUCCGCUUCCACCGGCUCAGAACCAAGCCCAGCAGCAGUCUCCUCAGGCACCACAGCAAUCACCCACAUCAGCAGGAUUCUUCCAAUCAUCAGCAGGCAUGGGGUUCUUCCCACCAGUGCAGGUGCAGCAGUCUCCGUCUGCUCAACGACAAUGACUCGAUGGUGGCAUGGCAUUCAUCGGGCUAUAAAGGCAGCGUCUUGUGCUAACUUUUGUACAUUGAACAAUAAUCACCUAGCAUCGAGCUUAUGCGUGACUGGUCCUGCAAGACAGGCAGGACCGUUGUCAUGGUUAGAAAAUUUUUAGAAUAGGCAUGAGGCUUUUGUGACGACUCCUUGGUUUGGUCUGAGCUGUUUAUCUUCCUGGUUCUGUGUAGUAGUUAGACUUUGUCUUUCCCCCCAUUUGCAUUGAUCCCCUGAGGUAGAGGAAAGUGGCACUGGAAUUGUAAUAUAACGGUCUUAGGGCUUGGCUGAAGCAGUUUUAGAACUUACUGGUCAUAGUGUCAUAGAUAUGAUGUGAACUGCAAAUACUUGUCCUGUUGUUGUUUAAAUUUAUUUAUUUAUUAUUAUUAUUUUUAGUAUA